AUGGAAUAUUUCGGCCUCAGCAGCUGGAAACAGUCGUUUCUACAGGCUUUUAAUACGCUCAGCCCUGAUUCAGAUUCACUUCCAUUGUCAAAUGCAAUCAACAAAACCUACCUCAACCAAAUCUACUCCUCUGACGAAAAAUGCGUUCUUCUCGAAUUUCCGUGGAAUACGAUUCCUGCCCUUAAUAUUUUUCAUGAACUUCAAAAGCCAGAAAAACAUAGAAAUCAAGACUAUAGCGAAAUGAUUGAAAUCAUCAAGAACACCAAGCGCCCAGCUUAUUUGAGAGAAGCAGCGAAAAAAUUCAAGAAAGAAGUUUUGGGAGGAAAGAAAUUUGCUGCGAUGCAUUGGAGAUAUGACAAGAAAGAUUGGAUGAAGAUGAAAAUCAAGAACGGGGAGAGGAUUCAUUCACUCAUAGAUCGCGCUCACAACGAUCCCAAAUCCUUCGCCUCAUCCCUCGAGUCCAAACUUCAGUCCCUCCAGAUCUCCAUCAUCUAUUUCGCCAGUCCUCCCGCAGAAAUUCCCUUUCUUACCGAGCUCGGAUCUCAUUUCAAAAGCGUGACUUUCUUCACCGGCUCCGAGCUAGAACUGUUUUUCAAAAAGAAAUUCGGCUUUUGCUCGAAUAUAAUGGCUGAUUUUGUCGAAAAUAUUUCGCUGCUCGACCAAGAAAUUUGCUUCAUUUCGGACUUUUUUAUCGAAUCAUGUUUUAGCUCCUGGAGUUCAAAUUUGAUUUUGGAACGACAUGCAGAAGAACAACGAGAGACUGAAAUCGGAACAAAGAAGACAGAGAAUACCAUGGGAUACAGGAAAACAGCGAGAGAAGCUGGCUCACUGAGAUGGAUAGCUGUUUUUGUUUGGAAAUUUAUUGCCUUUGUUACGUUACUAGCAGUUUUAUAUCAAAGAUCAAAUGAGCUUAAUGCCUCCCCCACGCGCGUCCGCCGGCAAGCAACGGACGAGUCAAUCUCGACACCCGAAGUCAUCGACCCGCAAUCAUCAACGACGGCUUCACCGCGAGCAACGACGAUAAACGAAACGACGACGAUCGCGCAAUCAGAUGGCACCUACCCCGACCCGUUGUUUACGAUUGAUCAGAUUCGCAAGGGUGGCUUUAUUUUGUACGCAUUCGGAAUGUUUUAUAUGUUCUGCGCGCUGGCGAUCGUCUGUGACGAGUUUUUUGUUCCUGCUCUUGAGGUUUUGACGACGAAGAUGAAGAUUUCAGACGACGUCGCAGGAGCGACGAUGAUGGCCGCUGGCGGCUCAGCACCGGAAUUAUUCACAAGUGUCAUCGGUGUCUUCUUUGCCAAAUCUGAUGUUGGGAUCGGAACUAUCGUCGGAUCAGCUCUCACGUGGUGGCCAUUGUUCCGCGACUGUACAUUUUAUAUCAUCUCGUUAGCCGUGUUGAUCUAUGCUUUCUUGGACACAAAGAUCGAUUGGUGGGAAUCCUUGCUCCUUCUUAUCUGCUACGCUGCCUAUGUCAUCUUCAUGAAGUACAACGUCAUAGUGGAGAAAUUGGUGAAGUCAAAAUUGAGCAAGGGAGGAACCAGCACCGAAUCCAUUUCUGUGAAGGUUUGUCCUGCCGAUGGUGAGGUUAGCAAAAAUGGCGAUCCAACGAAGGAAGCAAGCAAAGAACAAGUGUCGAAAUCGUUAGAUCACGAUCAAGUAGGAGCACCGGCGCCAAGCUCCGGUGGUGGCUUUCAUCCAGGGUGGAAACUGGCAAAGAGUCACGUGGCGCACCUGCAGCGGGAUGAAGAAAAUAAUGAUGAUGGAGCGACGCCCGACGUCAAACUUUUGACGCUCGCACAAGUCUCUGAAGAAGUUUUAAGCUAG